CUCACAGAUCAGGGAUUAAAAUUAACAGCACAAUAGGACUACGCACAGAUAUGAAAGACAGGAAUUGGUUUAUGGCACUGUCUAUUAAUAAACUUGCCAUCUAUUUUAUAAACUAUAAAUACAGUCGUCUACAUUGUCUCCACAUUAUAUGUUUCUGAAACACGAGAGAGAAACAACGCUUAAAAUCUACAAUGAAGACAGCUGUGACUCUGUUAACCCUGUUGGCGAUGGCAGUCGCUCGGCCUUCACCGCUGCCUCUCCCACUGGUUCAGCUCAUCGUCAACGUCAACGUUACAGACACGAACCCUUCCAUCGUCAACCCUGUAAUCCCAGAACCCAUCAAACCUCCAGUAAUCGUUGACCCUAUCGUUCCAGAGCCUCCAGUAAAUCCUAUUGAUCCCAUUCCAAUUGACCCUGAGGUUCCCGAACCAGAGCUUCCCGUUGCUUCUGAGCCUGAACCAGAGCAGCCCAUCAUUCCCGACCCGGAGCCAGAACAGCCCAUCAUUCCUGAGCCGGAGCCAGAGAACCCUGAGCUUCCUGAGCCUGAAGUCCCCAAACCAGACCCGGAAGUCAUUGAGGUUCCUGAAGCGCCUGAGGUCAUUGAAAAACCAGAAGAGACUCAACCUGAACCUGCCGAGGAGACUCCAAAACAAGAGGACUAAGUAAUGAACUAGCUUUCAUAGCAACUUUCGGAUCGAUCGAACCGGAUCAAAACUAUACAACUAAAAGCUUAAUAUUAAUUAAUGGACUUUAGGCAUUAUUUUCUGUUAUGUAAUAAAAAGCAUUGAAACUUUAAA